AUGAGUGGAGGAGGGGAACAGCCAGAUAUCCUGAGUGUAGGAGUAUUGGUCAAAGAAAGAUGGAAAGUGGUAAGUAUAUUAAAUCCUUCUUAUUUCCUCCCUAGAUAUAUGAAAGCACUAGACUAAAUAAAAAGAAAUAAAAUUGCAAGGAACCGGGUAAAAGGAAGACAUAGUGACAAACUGCAUCCUGUUAGCAAUAUAUGAAAGCAUAGUAAUAUAUAAUUUGAGAAAUUUCCCCGUCUUGGACACCUUUUUUGCAAAUAAAUACACAAGUUAGCAGUCUCCUUGCCUGUACUUUGGUGUGCUGGUCUUUUCUGGCACAUUUGAUAGUGUCAAAUAAAGAAACUCUAUCCUGAGAGUUUAUUUGUUUGUAAUAUUGAGCAUAGUGGCUGUAGGUAAGUGAUGUGGUUUUCCUCAGCUUGAAAAGCACUUUAAAAAGUGCUGCUGGCUGUUGUUCAUCUUUACCUUAAUGUGGCCCUGUGGAACAAAAACCUCACAUAAGAUGCCUGUUACCUGUAUUUAUAAAAAUAUUUAUAUACCGCUGUAUUGUAAAUAUAUAUCAUAGUGGUUUGCAACAAUAUAAAACAGCAAACAGUAGAAUUAUAAAAACUUAAAAAUAAGUCAAAAGAAAUUAAAAACAAACAUCAGUAGUUUGCAUAGGCCCAGCGGAAUAGAAACGUUUUCAGCAGGCAUUUAACAGUUUGCACAAGAAGGCAGCCACUGAAUUUAUAUUGGCAUGGUGUUCCACAGGACUGGGCAAAUGACACUAAAGCAGUGGUUCUCAAACUGGUGUGGCAGUCACACUGGUGUGACAGAAGAGGAUGGCAGGUGUCAGCUCUGUUAAAUAUGAAAUAUAUUUGUCUUGAUGAGGAAAUGAGAGUUUAUUUGUCUCAAAUGAGGCCUAAAAUAGAUGAGAUCACUUGGCAAAGGCAAGCUCACACUUCUUAUUGAGUUUGUAUACAUACUUAAGGUACAUAUGAUAGAGACUUGUUUAUAAUUUGGGAAUGAUUUAUGUUCUUAUGUAGCUGUAUUGUUUUAUACUUUCUGGAUGCCCUAUGAUCAUAUUAUAAAGGAGUUGUGUUCCGUGUUAUAAAUCAAGCAAUGAUAGGAGUUGUUUCUUUUUGUUUUCCAGUGUAUUUCUUAUCAAUAAAAAAUUGGUGUUGUGCGAGCAAUUUUUUAUUCUGAAAGUGUGGGCCAGAGAAAAAAGUUUGAGAACCACUGUGCUAAAGGCUUGAUUUCUUGUCACAUUAACAGUAGUUAAUAGAUUAAGAAAUAAAAUUUAAAAUGAGUCUUACAUUAAGUAGGGAAAGAGGUAACCUAAUAAAGUAACAGAUUUAGUGGCUAGAUAAUAUUCAUAGUCUAGGCUUGUUAAUUCAAAAGUUCUGUGUUUUUUAAACAAUGCAGAACUAAUAUUUUUAUUCAUUACAGUUCAAAAAGAUAGGAGGUGGAGGGUUUGGAGAAAUUUACGAUGCAAUGGACUUGCUUACCCGAGACAAUGUUGCAUUGAAAGUCGAGUCAGCUCAGCAACCAAAGCAGGUUCUGAAAAUGGAAGUAGCUGUGUUGAAAAAACUGCAAGGUAAGGAGGAUAAAAGAUCCUUGUUCUGAAUGUAUGUCUCAUUCUUGGAAAUCUGAUAGGCUCAGUGUGUCAAAGUAUACUAUAUUGGUCAGUAUGGAUUCCAAAUAUAAUAAGGAAGAAUUAAGAUUUAGUGUGCAAUCCUGUGCAUGUCUAUCGAGAAAGAAGCAAGUCCACUGAUAUCACUGGGGCUCACUACCAGGUAAGUGGGUAUAGAAUUGCAGCCUUGCAUUGAGGACAAGAAUAGGGAAGUUUUACUGAUUUUUAAAAUAAUAAUGAUUCAAGGUGAUGAUGUGCCUUAAAUCUGAGGUAGGUGAAAAGAUGGCAAGUAUUGUUCUGAGAGAAUGUGUGAGGCAGAUUGAGAUGUGAACCUAUGACUGCUGUCCUUGAAAAACGUUGUGAAAUAUUUUGAUCAACACAAAAUCCCUGAGCAACUUCUGAAAUUACAGGAUGACCUAGUUUACUCCCCCUGACAGUUUUACUAAAUUUAAAUAGUUCUGUAGUAGAGGGAAUUCCAACAGGUGUUGUUUGUUCACCUGGUCACCCUAAGAAAGCUUAAGCUGUAUGAACAUAUUUGAUACUCAGCAUGUAUUUCUUUUGACACUCAACAUGUAUCUAUUCAUGUUUUUGGUUUCACUUUAAUAGAGGCGUAAAUUGUGGUGCAGCAGAACCAAAACGAAGCAGAGUAAAAAUAAAUGUUUUUCAGACCAUUAAUUUUGUAAGUGUGUCAGUAGUCUUGGUGAUAGCUGUCAAUUUACCUCAUGGGAUAUUGGGGCCAAUGGUGUGGUUUGAUCCUCGCCACAUGGUCACAGGCCGGAGAGAAGAACUGUGGGAGGCAGUCACGCUCCCCUCCGUUUUUUCCUCCUGCCUGUCGCAGCAGUACAUUUCUCCUGGUUCUCCUGCUUCACCUCAGAUAAAAAUUGUUUCUAAUUUAUCAGCAAAAAGCAUUUUUGUUGCAUCUUAGUGGCCAUGUUUGCAAAUCACAAAUUGGGUUUAUGCUCAAAUCCAGGCAGUGGCAAACCCUGCUUAUGUUCAUCUUCAUGCAACAUUAUCAUGGGGUGAGGUGUUUCAGAGUAACUAAAAAAAUGUUAACACUGAAAUAUGUUUACUUCCAUGAAUGCUAACAACUUUUGGAUAAUGAGGCACUGUUUACUUAUGAAUUGGUGCAGAGAAUUAGAGACAAAGUGGUUUUUAUUUUUGACAAGUUUCUUCCACAUGUCUGAGUUGUUCCUUAAGUUCUGUUUCCUUUUUUUGCCACCCAGAAAUGUAAGUAAUAGAUUUAGGGAUUUAGGGAAGCGCUUGGGGAGAGUGGGGUUAGUGAAAAGUAAUCUUUCUGCCACCUCCUUUCCCAGCAGCUUCCUGAAAAGUCUCUCUUGAGAACUGGGGACCCUCCUGAGUAGGGUGUGCUGGGGUGGAGGGACUUGCUGAAAAUAGGGUGGAGGCGUGUCCAGUGAGAGGGAGUCUCUGCCCAGUUUUUGGCUUAUCUCCCCUUUCAGCCCCCUGAACCACAGUGCACCCCAUUCAGGAAGGUCCCUUGACUUUUAGGACAGGCUUCUCUAGAGGAGGUGUUGCCUUCCUCCAACCUCAUUUCUGUAGGUGACUCUCUGCAUCCAAACUUGUGAGAAGAAAAAUAUGGAAACAUAAAAAGUGUAUAUUUUAUUUCUGCAGGAAAAGAUCAUGUCUGCAAAUUCAUUGGCUGUGGAAGGAAUGACAGAUUCAACUAUGUGGUCAUGCAGUUGCAAGUAAGUUUGUUACAUUUAUUCGUUCUCUAAAACAGGGGUAGUCUACCUUUUUAUACCUACUGCCCACUAAUGCAUCUUUCUUGAUGGUAAAUUUUCCUUCCUGCCCACCAGUGCUCGAUGGAAGGAGGAUUCAGCUUGUGCCGUGGAACCCCCUGCUGCCCACGUAGAAUCUUGAAACGCCCACUAGUGGGCGGUAGGGACCAGGUUGACAACCCCUGCUCUAAAAGGAUGUUCACAGAUAUAAAUUAAAUCUCCACAACCCCCUAAGAAAGAAUGUCCAGCUAAUGUAACAAUGCUUAUUUGAUAGGAGAAGGGUAAAUAGAAACCACAGGCUGUUCUCCAUGUGCCUUAUCUGAAGCAAUUGCAGAGGGUGGCUAAACAAGAAUGGGAUUUUUUAGUGGUACCUCCAUGUCUUUGGAACUCUAUCUCCCAGGAAAAUGUACAUGGCACCAUCCUUGUCAUUUUUUCGGUACCAGGCUAGUACAGGUUUAUUUACCCAGACUGUUGAAGAUUAAGUUGACCGCUACUGUGCUGCUCGUCUUUUACAGGUGUAGAAUAGAUUUUUUCUUUUUGUAUUGUUAGAUGGUCAAUUUAUUGCUUUUAAUUUGGGUUUUACUUGAUUUUACUUAUCUUGCUGUUACAUUGCUUUGAGACUUCUUUGUGUUUAGCAACUACCAAACUCAAUAAUAACAACUGCUACUGCUGCUACAACUUAUCAUGCCUUGUGAUCUGGGCCACCUCUUGGAAAAAAAUUUUAAUAGCUUAAUUGAUACCCUAUUCUCUUCUUGAUCAGUUCAAUGUAAAGAAUAAAUCUAAUGUUGAUUAAUUUUGCCCAAUAUAAAAUGAUUAUGAAAGCUAAAUGAAAAAAAUAAAUAUGAUUGAAAAUGUCUGUCUUCCUCAUUUUGGAUGGGAAGAGGGAAAUUUGCACUGAACGUAAAUUACUUUCUUGCUUUUUCAGGGUCGGAACUUGGCCGAUCUGCGUCGAAGCCAAACUAGAGGGACCUUCACAAUCAGUACUACCUUGCGACUUGGCAAGCAAAUUCUAGAGUCUAUUGAGAGCAUUCAUUCUGUUGGUUUUUUACACAGAGAUAUUAAGCCAGUGAGUUUAUCCACAAAUUUUGUUAGAGCCAAGAAUUUAAGUUGCAACUGUUGUCACUUAUUAGGGGGUGAUCAUGCAGUUAGAACAAUCAGAAAAUUGGAUAUAAAACUAUUAAGAUGACAGUGCAUAGUUAAAAAGCUAAUCCAUGAUUGUUUCUUUUAUAUAUUGAUUUUCAGUAACAUUAGAACUCUUUAACUGUAAUGGUCUUAUCUAGCAAAUAAUAAUUGCUUUCGGUUUUAAAAGUAAGUUCUUAAUUUAGGAAAGCCUAAGAUGAUUGCAUCCACUGAGAAUAUAUUACUCUGUACUUUCUUUCAAAGUAUUAAGAUGUUCUGUUUAACAUGAUUGAAUAGCACAGUCCUAGGCAUGUCUACCCAAAAGUUUAAAUAACUGUAUCCAGUGGUAGUCCUACGCAGAGUAGUUUAAGUAAUUGAUUGCAGCCUUAAUGUUGUAUUCAGCGUUUGUCUUGUGUGGAGAUUGUUGUUGAAUAACAUGUAUGGUAUUAUCAAUCAAUAUGUCUUCUUUUUCCUCCCCAGUCCAACUUUGCUAUGGGACGUUUCCCUAGCACUUGGAGGAAGUGUUACAUGCUGGAUUUUGGCUUGGCGCGUCAGUUUACAAAUUCAUGUGGGGAUGUCAGACCGGUAAGAAAUUCUAAUAAAACUUUUUACUAGUAAUUUUAAAUUUGAUAUAUUGGACUGCUUUUAAAAUAACUGUUUUAUCCAUGCUUGAUGCAUUAUGCCAGAGAUCUGAGACCCAAGUUCUAAUCUGGCCAAACCUCCAAGGGCUAAGUGAGUGGGACCAAACUAUGGUUUAAACAAUCUAUGGUUUAAUGUUAAUGGGCAGCAUGCUAGUAUGUGCUGUUACAAAGUUUUCAGGGUAAUCCUCCCUCAUUUUGCUGCCGCUAUGCUCUGAGCAAAAUAGGCAAAGUGUGGCUUGUCAUGUCAUACAAAUAUGAGCAUGUGGUUUCUUUCACCCAAAACCCCCACGAGUGGUAACCAAGGUUUUAUUUUCACUUAUUACUUGUUUGUUUGAGCAAAGGAAACCACAAGGCCAGGUUUGGAUAACCUGACAAGCCACACUCUGACUUAUUUUGUCUUGCACAGUAGGAGCAGAGGGAGGGGGAGCACCAUGGUAACUUUUUGUUUUAAACCAUGGUUUAAUAUCACAUGAAAGUGAGGUAAUUGUGUCAGUGAGUAGGCUCAUUGUCCCCGGUGUUGUUGCUGUACAUUCUUAAUAACGUGUAAGGAGUGAUUGGUGUUAAUGGUUUGGUGAUUUAGUGCGAGAUAUAGGAGGGAUUGGGAGUUUAGUUUGCUUGUGUGAGGUGUGGGAAUAGAAUGGGAUAAGUGAUACAGCAUGAGUAGUGAAUUUUGUACAAUUUGUGUAAUUGAAAAACAGCAGUUGGGUGAAUGUAACAUACUGUGAGUUAGGAUAUGACUUGGCAAGUUAGAGGCUAAGGAGGGAAAGGGGCCCUGACUCAAUAUGUUUCCAAAAUGUGCUUCUGGAUUUUGUUUUUGUUUUUAUUAUUUGAUUAAUUUGUACUGCAUCACUGUUUUUCAGUUUCAUAUACAGAAAAAUUAGUAUUUUGUUUUUGUAAAGCACUUUGUGUUAGUAUUAAGCAGUAUUAAGGUAAAGGACCCAUGGACAGUUAAGUCCAGUUAAAGGCGACUAUGGGGUGGUGGCGCUUAUCUCAUUUCAGGCCGAGGGAGCUAGCGUUAGUCCACAGACAGCUUUCCUGGUCAUGUGGCCAGCAUGACUUAAUUGCUUCUGGCACAAUGGGACCCCGUGACAGAAACCAGAGCACACAGAAAUGCCGUAUACCUUCCCGCCGUAGCGGUACCUAUUUAUCUACUUGCACUGUUGUGCUUUCGAACUACUAGGUUGGCAGAAGUUGGGACAGAGCAACGGGAGCUCGGAUUCAAACUGCUGACCUUCUGAUCAGCAAGCUGAAGAGGCUCAGGGGUUUAGAGCACAGCGCCACCCACUCCCUAUUAAGCAGUAUAUAAAUAUGUAAAUAGAAUAAUAAAUAAAUAAAAAAGGUGCUGGCUACUACUGACUUGUGAAACUUUUGCCUUAUUCCCUGAUCUCCCAAAAUAAGGAAUAAAAAGGUGUCUGUCUGGAGCUUAUUGCACUUUCAAUUAGCAACGAGCAUUAGUACUUUGCAUACAGCAACUAGGAGUAUGUUUGCAAAGAGCUGAAAAGUGCUUUGUAUGAAGGGGACAGGGUUUUUUGUUUGUCUGGGCACUUAGUAUCCUAGUCGUGGAGUGAAUAGGAAACUGGCAAUUAAAGUAAAAUGCACUGGAAUUUGGGUGCUGAGAUAAAAGGGAAAUAACAAAAUGGCUUCUUUAAGGUUGAAUAAAAUGGAACUAUUUGAAUAAGAACAGAAGAGCCCUGCUGGACCCAUCCAGUCUAGUAAACUCUUCUCGCAGUGGCUAACCAGAUGCCUAUUGUAAAGCCUGCAAGCAGGUUCUGAGUGCAAAAGCACUUUCACCGCUUUUGAUUCUCAGCAGCUUAUAGUUAAUAAAUCUGGUUAAAUAGAAAAAUGUUUCUGAACUACUUAAAAUGUGUUCAAAAUGUGUUUGCUUAUUUACCAUACCCAUUUAAAUUUUAUUUAUUAUACAAACAUGCUUCCCCAAUAACAUAUAGAUCAAACAGACCUGUGCAUUCUUAGCAGAGGAAGACUCCAGAGUAGAAGGCCUACAUUAUUCUUUGUAGUGUGGCUUUUAUGUACUGUAUAUCUUUAACUAACACAGUGUAACAGAAUUUCUCCCCCUCUGUUGUAUUGAUAGCCCAGAGCUGUUGCUGGUUUUAGAGGGACUGUGCGGUAUGCGUCAGUCAAUGCUCACAGGAACAGAGUGAGUAUUAGUACUUGCAAUAGCCUGAAUGUUUAGUUACUGAAACAAUUACAAAUGGUGUGAUUAUCUUAACUUUCUGUUUCACAUGUCUUUUUCCUAUAGGUGAUUUAUAAUUGUAAGUAAUACUGCCUGAAAUAUUUAAAUUGUUGGCAAAAGAAAAUGUCUACUUAUGCAUCUUUAAUCAUACUGGAUGUUCUUAGAACGGAAAUAAUACUGUGACUGAAAUUUGCUAAAUAAAUUGAUUACCAUUUUAAUUACAUGGCAUAUUAAAAGAGUGCUAAUUAAUUUUUAGUAGGUAUGAAUGAAAGGGACACACAUGCUCCCCUCCCCGUGAGAGGUUGAUAUAGACUAGGGUGGGGUUUGGCUUUGCUGGGGAAAUGUUUUUCUGGUGGGAUGUGAGAACUGACGGAAAGGGUCACAGUCUUUUGGCCACUUUUGACUUUCUUUUUUUAUCGAGGUGCGCACCGACCCCUCUCGCUCUCCAGGCUUCAGGAAGCUCUCCGCAAGCCUUGGGAGCCCGGCGGGAAGUCGCGCCGGUCUCCCAAGGCUUGUGGACAGCAGCCUGCAGCCCGAAACCCAGGGAGAGCAGCGGAGUGCACCCCGGGCUUCGGGCAGAUAUACACAAGCCUGUUCUGGGGGCUGGGGUCGGGGGAAGCUUGGGCUUCCCCUGCCCCAGCCCCGCGCCUGGGGGGAAAAUAAUUUUUUUUCCUUUAUCCCCCCCCCAAAAAAAAACUGGGUGCGCCCUAUGGACCGGUGUGCCCUAUAGGGCAAAAAAUACGGUAAUUUAAGGAAAGAGGUGAAACUCAUUUAAACUAAUUGCUAGCUUGCUUUGCUUCUAUGUAUACUUCUGUGAGUAUAUUUAUAGAGUUUCUUCCCCCAUCUGUUUUGAAUCUAUAGAGAACAUUUCAACUCUUUAAGCAUUGUUUUCUUACAAGUGAGUCUUGCCACAAAAUGUUGCAGUGUAGAGUGCUUCUUCUAGGGUUCCAACCAGCCAUGUCCUUUCCCAGGCUAUGCCUCAUUCCAUGUCUCCUCCCCUCUGGCAGUCUAUUUCCACGCCCCCCAAUCAGGCCACUGAAUGUUCUCAGUCUGUUCUUGGGCAGUUUUGUUCCCCUCACCCACCAAGGUACUUGUGUAAGCCCAAGAGUCUACUAAUCUCCUUCCCUGUGCAUGGAUGGUGCUGAUUUAUUACGAUGGACAAUGAAGUGUUCUUAUUGGGUUGUUCGUCUUGCACAAGACUCAGGCAGGAGCAAAGAAUUAUGGGAGGUAGACUGUUUCCCCUCAAUUUUUUCCUCCUCAGCUCUCACUGUUUUGUUGAUUGUUAGUUAGCAGAGUCCUCUUUAACUACUUUUUUGUUAUUCUUAGUUACUUAGUAAUUGGCUACUUUUCCUGUCUAUUGGUCCUUUUAUGCGUCCUCCACUGAGGUGUAAAAAAGCAAACAACCUUGUCUCCCUGCUAAACAUCUUUCCCUGUUCUCCGUUCAGUGUUUUACUUCUAUUUUCCAUUAAUUUCUUAAUUUUUAUCUUUAUUUCUUUUUGCUGGCUAUUGUCGUUUUGGCAGAUGGGCUGCCUUUUAUUCCAGCUUUUUUUGCGGCGCAGGCUGCCUCGUGCAGUGACUGCGCGCUGCUUCCCUAACAGCCGCUCUGCGCCUUACCCUCACUGUCCUUUUGGACCCUUUAUUCAGCGCAUUUGCUUUCCUUCAAGAAUUGCUGCUUCUACAGAGAAUGAAAGGGACAAAGAAAGCUUCAGCUCCUUGUUCUCCUGUCUGCUUCAGCAGCGCAAAGGGCUGUUUCAACACGUUUCGCCUGCAGUAAUAUUUGAAUCAGCAGUCUGGUUCAGCGGCUCAAUUUUCUCCCAAUAAAUUUCAAUGGCAUCCUUAGAGUCUCUGCAAGGUUUGGGUGCCUCUCCGCAUAAAAAAGUGAAAUAAACGUAGAAUGUGGUCCUCUGCUUCCUGCAGUCGCUCAAAUCACUCCUCCCAUGCGAAGGGCCAUCAUUUUCCAGUGUUGUCAGUAAGGUAAGGUCUACCCAUGUAAACAAAUCUCCUUCAGAGCAAUCCAUGGCUCAGCCACAGAGUGCUGCUCAGUUAUUUAGUGAGAUUUUACUGCCAUCUGCUGGCAAUACUAAUAAUGACCAUAGCCAUAUCCUCUGAUCCUGAGCCUGAAUUUCAGGGUUUUGCUGAUGACCAAUUAGGAUCUACUGUAAUGAGCAAAGUUCAGUGCCACCAAUGGGUCAAGGUUUAUCAGAGGUUUUGAAUGUGAACUUGUCUGCUUCUUGAAUUGAUCAGUUGAAGGAUGCCCUUCUUGCCUCCUUAUCAUCAGACCUUAAGCAUGACUUACGUCCCAAUGCUGCCUUUCCUGUGCUUACUAAAUCAAAGCUUCUUGUACGCGUAUGCCACAUUCUGCAGGGAAUUGCUCCCCUAACCCUUUUCAAGUUAUGUCUGAGGAAUUACAGGAGGCUGAUUUUACUAUGUCAUUAUCUCAUGCAUCACUGGAUGUGGAAGAAGAGGAUGUGUGGGAAGAGCCACAAUCUUCCAGGCUGUUUCAAGAUUGUGGGUUCCAUCUCUUCUAAAAUUGAUAGUAAAGGCAGAGCUAGAUGCGCCUAUGCAUUUGAAAAGGACUAAUGGAUUGGUGAAUAAAUUAUAUUCUUUAGAGCCAGAAUUUAUGGCUUUAAAGAAGUCACCUUCCGUUGGUCCUCCUCUGCUGCAUCUUUCCUCACGUCAUUUGGCCCCAAAGGAUGAAAAUGCUCAAUUGCAUGAUAUUACAGAUAGGAGAAUUGAGUUUGCCCUUCGCGAAGUACAUGAGGCUGCUUCAUUCUCAUUGAGAGCUUCUUGUAUAGCUUCCUCCUGCGCACAUGCCUGUGUGGUAUGGUUGGAGGAUUUGCUUCAUAAUCCUCCUCAGGAUGUGGUGCGUCACAUCCUUUCAAAACUCAUAAAAUCACAAGCCUGCAUGGCAGAUGCUACUGUGGAUGCUAUGCAGUUUGCGCCAAGAGCCAUAUCUGCACAGGUAACAGUGUGCUGCACUUUGUGGCUUAAGAAUUGGCAGGCUGACUCUGCCACUAAGGCUAACUUGUCUGUGGUACCUUUUGUGGGAGGCCAACUACCUGUACUUGGAGAGUCAGCUCUGAAAGAUAUUUUGGUGGACUCAAAGGAUAAGCGUAAGGUUUCUUUAAGUCAGAAGGCUGAUAGAAGGUAUGCUAGGCAUUUUGUUCCAUACCCCACUCAGUUUCAUUCCUUUCACUGCUCAGGUUCCAGAAUAGGCAGUGAGAUUCAAGUCUUAACCCUUUAAGCAGCGUCACCAAGGUAGACAGCCAUUCCAACGCUUUUCUGCCGCCCCAGCCACCAAGGGUGGUAAGCAGCAUACUCAAUGACCCUGUGUCACAACAGGUAGGGGGGUGCCUAAAAUGGCUUCUCCCUACUUGGCAGCAGACCAUAUGAUUUAUUAUAUGCUUGAGUUUUAUUAUGGAGGAUUCGUUUUCUUGACAUGCAGGUUUUUUCAUGUUGCUGCACAUUACUUACUCUUGUUCCUGUUCGCAUGUUAGCCAGGAGGAGGUAGGCCUUGUGUUUAAUUUAGUUUUAGAUUUUUUUGUCAUGGUGCUCCUGAUUGGCAAGUCCAAAAAACUGAGGAGAAACGGUCUACCACAAUUCUUUGCUCCUGCCUGAUUCUCGUGCAAGAGGAACAGCCCAAUCCAAAUACUUCAUCGUCCACCUAAUAAAUCUACUAUUCAGGUAAGACUAAUCAACAUUUUUAGCUGCAUCUUGUCUGUCUGCUUACAUGUUGAGAUCAAUCUUUUUUUGCUACAUACUUCGCUAUUGUGGCAUUAGAAUUUUAGCAUGUGAUACAUUGUGAUUGGUAGCACAAGAAAAUGGGGAAUUGACUAUAUAAUAAUAACAUACUGUCUCUUUUUCUUUAGGAAAUGGGACGUCAUGAUGACCUCUGGUCUUUGUUUUACAUGUUGGUCGAAUUUGUGGUUGGACAGCUGCCCUGGAGGAAAAUUAAGGACAAGGUCUGUUGAGAAAUGUACCAUUGGAGAUAAACUGCGGAGAAUGUCUUUGAAUAUGUUCAUGAGAUUCCUUUCAAUAUAUUAAAGUUCUUUAAAAACAAUGUUUGCUUACUUCAAUGCAUUUGUUUUUUAAUUAACAUAGCCGGCAUGAGUACAGAAUUUCAUUAAUCUUAGUUAAAAAUAAUAAAACCCAUCUUCUAUACAAGGGGUUGGGAACGGGAUCUGGUGAUCAACCUUCCAUGGUUCAUUUUUGAUAGAUGCACAGGGCCACCCUCUAGUCAGUUAUCAGUCAUACGUUGUCAGAUUAUUAAACUUCAAAGGAAUAAUUGGGAACACACCCUAAAAGUACUCCUGAUUCUUAUUUGCAGAAUCUUUGCCGAGUAUUCUGGCUGUUUGCCAUAAUAAUAAACAUUGACAUUGAGAAUCUUUGCAGCCACAGCUUGAAUUCAACCUGCAGCUGCAAAGAUUCCUGUCAAAUGCAAGUCCCACCUUCUGUGGGAAUCCAGUCUACUUAGGAGCUCUGAGCUGAACCCAGUGUGUUUGCAUUUGGUGCCAAAUUAAAAAGACACCUAAUUCAAGCCCUGCCUGCAGAGGAACCAUUGGGAGCACAUUCUAGGGGUCCUGAAUGUUUCUUCUCAGCCAUAACUUUACUGAUCUCACAUCUGACAUCAUACAAUGGCUUGUAGGCAUGGCUGGAAGAAAAUUGAUAUUGUUGGACAGAUUAUGCUCACUGGUGUGCCUAAUGUGGCCUGCAGGCUGGAAGUGCUCAAUGUUUGUGCUACACAAUCAAGCCAGUGUCUUUUAGACAUAAUUUAAUAUAUCUCUUCACUAUAUCUGACCAGCUGUUAGUUCCCCACUUGCUGUUUGGAGAAGAGCAACUUGGAUCUUGGCAGAAGUUCAGUUUUAUUUCAAAUGGCUCUUUAUGUGUUUUUAGGCUUAAGUUAACAGGGAGGUAUAUCCAAGAGCAUUUGUUUUAUUUUAAAGAUGGUUCAUUGUUAAAGCUUAUUACAGACCUUUACCUUUAAAACCAGAGCUAUUAAUUUUGAUCUGAAUAAAGAUUAGAAACUCAGAUUUGAUAUGGAUACUGAGGACCCUAAUGCGUUGAGAAAAACUCAUUCAUAUCCUCAGAACCGAUCAAAUCUAUGCUUCAGGUAAGACCAUUUGUCCUAUCUGAGGUCCUACUAUGCAGAUAAGAAGUUAAAAUAAUACAAAAUAUACUCUAAUGGAAGAAAGAAGAAAGGAAGGAAGGUGAGGGAGACAAUUUGGCACCUGCUCCAGUUGGGCUGUAUUCUCACCUGGCCAACUGUAUUUUCAUUUAUUUGUUUAGCAUUUUAAAAUUCUUUACUGCUUUCAGUUCUUUGGCAGAGGGGUGGCAUAUAAAUAAAUAAUGUCUAUAAGGAACUGAAGGAAAGUAUGGUAAAUAUUUCAUUUUCCUACUUGUAGGAGCAAGUGGGCUCCAUAAAAGAGAGGUAUGACCACCGGCUGAUGCUGAAACAUCUCCCUCAAGAAUUUAACACCUUUCUAGAUCACAUUUCUACUUUAGAUUAUUUUACUAAACCUGAUUACCAGGUAUGAUUUUUUAAUGUCUUAAUUUUAUGUCUUAUUGGAAACCCAUGUCUUGUUAAACACUUCAACAUGCAUUCACACAUCUGUUCCAAUGAGUAGCAAUAGCUAAUUAGGUACACUAUCAUUAUACCUUACUUUUGCCUCUUGUGUUUUGUCAUAUCGUACCUAGACAAAUCCAUACUAACUUUAUUACAGAACUUCUAAAGUAAAAAAAUGACAAGCAGCUGAAGUGAAUGGUUUCCUUUUUACUCAUUUUAAGUGCUUGUGCUUUUUUUAUUGUGUCUUUAUUCUGGUGUCUAAGACAUAUUUCAAUACAUUGAAUAUAUUGAUUUCCAAACACAAUUCAGAUGGCCCUGCAUGUUUUAUGCAGUGUGUAUAUGAAACCAUUUUUCUGCAGGAAUUGUACCCCUGUAUCAGUUAGAGAAAUUAGCUGAUGAGGCAGAAUUCUACAAUGUUCAUAUUUGGGUAGUUUUGCAAAGAUUUGCAGGAGAAAUUGGAAAGUAUUUUUUAAAAUAGAAUAUAUCAAAGUGUCUAGUUCCUCAUUUCUUCCAUUGUAUUCUUUGUGCUUGCUCAUACAGUGUUCUUUUUAUUGCCCACUUCCUGUUAAUCCUCAUGCCACAAUAUACACUGUACUUAACCUGUAAUAGAAAACAGGUGUAAGAAAAUGUUUUGCGAUGACAGCCGUGUAAAUAUAACGGCUUCAACUUAUUAAUGAAACCUGUCCAUCAUUUGAAUGCUGUGUUGCCUUUUUUAACAGAUAUCAAUAUAAUGUCUGCCUUUCAUAGGAUAUGAAACAUUCCUCUUCUCCAAGGCCUUUGGCAAAUUAAACAAUCUAUGGUCUUUUAAACUGUUGAGUGUCAUUGUUUGUUAUUAUGUGGUGUAGUUUUGUGUUUUUAUAAUGUAAACUGCCCUGUGAUCCUUGGCUGAAGUGUAUAGAAAUUCAAUAAAUAAAUAAUAGAUUUAAAAAAAUAAUAAUUCAUGAAUGGCGUGAAAGAACAACUUUCGUGAGUUUUCUAAAUGUAACUUGGGAGCAUACCAACUCUUCUCUUUUGUUUAUAUAGCUUCUCAUGUCCGUCUUUGACAACAGUAUGAAGACUUCUGGGGUGACUGAGAGUGACCUAUUUGACUGGGAAAAGAGUGGAGCUGAUGGCUCUUUAACAACAACCACCACUUCAACUACUCCUCAACUGCACACUCGUCAGACCCCAGCUGCCAUAGGGUAUGUUGGAGCAUUCCUUUUGAUAUCAUCCAGUUAAUGAAGUGACAUGUGACAUUCUGGAUAGUAGGCAUUCUUUCUUCGUCCUAAGACCUUGAUCUAAAGGCAUCUAGACUUCUGUUCCUUACGUGAUAGCAUUGUAAUGGUGAGGGAACCAGAUGUGCUUCUUCCAUAACCAGGUGUUGACAGACAAACUCUGGAGAGCUUGCUUGGAAGAACCUUUCAUACUUCUCUAAAAAGUCAGUGCUUCUGUUUUGAAUAGUUUUAGGAAUCUGUGAUGGGAUUACAGUGGUGCCCCGCAAGACGAAUGCCUCGCAAGACGGAAAACCUGCUAGACGAAAGGGUUUUCCGUUUUUGAGUUGCUUUGCAGGACGAAUUUCCCUAUGGGCUUGCUUCGCAAGACGAAAAUGUCUUGCGAGUCUUGAGAUUUUUUUUCGCUCCCCCCCCCUUUUUUCUAAGCCGCUAAGCCUUUAGUAGCCUUUUAGCAGCUAAUCCGCUAAGCCGAUAAGCCUUUAAUAGCCGCUAAACCGCUAAUAGCGCUAAUCCGCUAAGCCGCUAAUAGGGUUGCUUCGCAAGACGAAAAAAACGCUAGACGAAGACACUCGCGGAACGGAUUAAUUUCGUCUUGCGAGGCACCACUGUAUAUGUGAUUCUCAUUCUCAAUUGUGUUGCAGCAUUAAGAAAAACAGAUUGCUCAGUUUCCAUUUGGGAGAGUACCUGGAGAGUGUACUACUACCCAGAUAACUUUGUGAACAGCCUAGAGGUCUUUGUUGAAUAAGUGACAAAAUUUAAAACUUUGUAUUAAUUCUGUUGGUUAUAGGUGACAAACCCAUUAAUGUAGAUUACAUAUCUCCUGACAUCCCCCCACUUCAUAGCAUUGUGGCAAAAUAACACAAUACAGUCAUACCUUGGUUCUAGAACGCCUUGGUAUGCAUAUGUUUUGGCUCCCGAACGCUGAAAACCCAGAAGUAAGUGUUCCAGCUUUUGAAUGGUCUUUGGAAGCUUCCACAACUUCUGAUUGAGUGCAGGAAACUCUUGCAAGCAAUCGAAAGCCGCGCCUUGGUUUUUGAACGGUUCCAGGAGUUGAACGCACUCCCGGAACGAAUUAAGUUUGACAACCAAGGUACCACUGUGUUGGGUUGAAAUCACGACAGACGAAUGGUGGGUGUCAAAGGAGAGGCGUCUGCCGGGACAAGUCCCGGGAACUCUCUUUUAUUGAAUAUUACAAACAUUGCCACAGGUGUGCUUGUGGCUGAUUGGCUGAUACAAACACAAAGCAUCUUGUUGCUGAUUGGUUAACAUAGGUACAAGGCGGAAUAACAUAUUACAUUAAUCACUGAUAGUUCAAAAGACUGGGAACGGAGCUGGAACUAGACAGGCAUGAAACCUCCUAAUUAAAUUAUAACUAAAGAUUGAUAUUGAGAGAACAUAACAUGAAGGAAUACAACAAUCACGUUCCGUGUAUGUGGUCAGCAAUGCAUUAAGGACAGGUCAGGAUACACUGUUUCAUGAACUCAAUGGGAACUGUUCAGAACAUUCUCAGACUCUUGUGCAGAAGCAGAGAGAAGAUUAUGAGCGAGACUUCCCAGAAUGCAAGAGUUAUGUGCAGUAAGAGAACUGCAGAAAGAGAACUUCACAGUGAGAGAACUGCAGAAAGAAAACUUCCCUUCACCACUGUACCAGCAUUCUAAUCUUGCUCCUGCAUGCUGCACUAUGACUAGGGAAGAUGCAGAAGCAUAGAGCUGCCCUUCAGUCUCGGAACUGAUGGCAGUGUUCUGAGUUCAGAUUCCCUAAGGUUUGAGCUGAAAGGAAGUAGAGUAUACAGCCAGUAGAGAGUAAAGCUCUGUUUAGAAUCUCAGUGUGUGAUACCAGAUCUGACCAAUCCAGGUGCUUCUUACUUGCUGCAAGAUGCAAAGCCUGAACCCUGAAGAGUUCCGAGGAUGGCGCACACACUGUUUUACAAUAGCUUAUUAGAUGAGGACUGAGACCUUAAGGAUCAUGGUUUAAACUCUUAGAGCAUAGAUGGGAACCUGUGGCCCUCCUGAUGUUGCUGGAUUGCAGCUCUCAUCAUCACUGACCAUUGGCUAUGCUGUCUUAUAGUCUUAACAACAUCCAGAGGAAGAAGGGAGGGUGUAACCUGUACUGCAUCCUUGAGUCAAACUUUCAUAUUGCAAUACUGUUUCUUUAUUUUUCUUCUUCUUUAUAGAAUUGCCAAUGCUACACCAAUACCAGGAGAUAUGUUGAGAGAGAAUACAGAUGAUGUGUUUCCAGAUGAACAUCUUAGUGAUGGUGAGAAUGGUAUCCCUAUGGGAAUCUCUCCAGAAAAGCUACCAGAGUCUCCUGGACAUCAUCUUCAGGAAAAGGAUGUGUGGGAGGAAAUGGAUGCAAACAGGAAUAAGAUAAAAGCAGGUGUCCAUAAAGUAAGUACUAUAAUUGAGCAGACAAUAACAUUCAAUUCUUUUUUGGUUCUAUAUCUUAAGAUUUGCUUUAAUGGAUCAAAUAAAAUCACUAUAUUAUCAGCAAGUCAGAUGUCCCAGGAAAUGAAGAAGCUGGGUAUGUUGGGGACAACUAUGUCAUUUGUCCCAGCAUUUGAUAUAUUUCUUUUAACAUUAAGGUUUUAUUUUCUGCUAUUUGAUAAAGAGUUGUUCAUUCCUGAAAGCCAUACGAGAGCAUGAACUAUAUAAGAUAGUGGACAUCUCUGUAUCCUGUUUCAGUGGUUUUCAUAAGUUAAUUAUGCUUUCUUCUGUUUGUCCUGAACCUACUGACAGCUUUCCAUUUGAUGACUCAAGAGUUCCAGUGUGUUGAGAGAAUUGUUUAUUUGUUUAUAAUUUUAUAAACCUACAUUUGCUCUUCCUUAUUGUGGUAGUUCUUUUCCCCCAUCACAGAACUCUCCAUUUUUAAGCAAGUAUUCAUAAGGAAGAUAUUGUUUUUUCCUGAUAAUUUGUUGUUUUCUAUAUCUACUCCAGCUCUAUGCUAACUUUUGAGCAUGGCCAUAACUGCAUUGUAUUCUUUAUAUUGCUGCACCUUAGGUUACAUAGUAGUAUUGUGAAAAUAUAUUCUCUUUAUAAAUUCUUUCCUAAUUUUUGUUAAAUUGCUAAGGACACCUAGCUGGCAUUACAGUGAGCAAUUUUACUGUGGGCCCAGGCACAGCAUUUGGGACAUAUAUCAGAGUAUAUACUUGAAGUAGGCUAUUUUUAACCCCAUUUUUCAUUACUUUAUGUUUUCACCUUUUGACCACUGAUCACAGGAAUAAGCUGAAGAUUCAGCUUUGUCUUCUGUGGCUGCUUGUUUCUGUAGCAUAUUACAAUCUGUCUCCCUGAUGCUUCUUUGGUCACAGCUAAGGUGGCACAAAAUAUUGCUAUUUUAGACAAAACAGCCCUUUCUUAGAGCAGUAAUGGGACAUGUAGUUCCUUCUGUGUGGUGGUAGGGAUGUUGGGUAGAGUUCAGGUGUUGUUCCACAGAUGGAACAUAUUUCAGUUUGGUGAGCACCUCUGCUAAUGGAAGGAGCGGUACAUCCCCCUGCCUCAGCUGCUUCACAAAUAAUCUGCUCUGAAGAGUUUUGGGAACCCUUCAGAACAGCAUGGAAGGUGGCAUGGGGGACUGCAGACGGGAGGUAGAAUUAGUGAAAAACCUCAUUGAUUCUGUUAGCAGAGGCCUCUGUAAAUGAAUUGUAUAACAGCACCUAUGGAAUCACAGAACUGUAGAGUUUGAAGGUACCCAAGGGUCAUCUUGUCCAAUUCGCUGCAGUGCAUGAAUCUCAGCUAGAGCAUCCAUGACAGAUGGCCAUCCAACCUCUGCUUAAAAACCUCACAUGAAGGAGAGUCCACAACCUCCCGAGGGAGACCGCUCCUCUGUCAGGAGAAAACAGAGUUGCUCCAUCUUCCCUGUGACAGCUCUUUAGAUGUUUGUGUUUGCUAGUGGGAUCAGCUAUGUGUGAGUGAAAUCAGAAAACAUUAAAACUUAAUUUUUGAAAAGGGCUAUCAGUGAUAGAGUAUAUUGUUUGCAACUUAGGGGCCUCUGUUUCAAUCCUUGUCUUUCCACAUAGGGCUAGGAAAGACUCCUGCUUGAAACCUCAGAUUGCUGCUAUUGAGCUUAGUCUAAUUUGAAAUAAGGCAGUUUUCUAUGUUCAUUAGUAUCUAAACCCUGGAUGUUAGGUAGUAUAUAGGGCUGCUUUUUGAUAUGGAUACUGAUUUGGAGUUAAAGUCCACAAACAAUUUCAAAAGCACAUUUACAGAAGACUGCAUAUUAGCCACAAGCAAAAUUGAAAGUUCAUGUGGAAAUUAGUUAGUUCUGGUGGUAAAUGAAGUUGAGCAGCGAUCUUUCUGCUGCAGUUCUGACUACAUUUAGCAUUGCAAGCCUAUCAAAUAGAAGAACUGAAAGUGUUUUGACAGAAUGAAAAGCCGGGAUGCCAACAACUAAAUGUUACAUUUUGUGUCUUUUACCUGAUAUUUUAUAGUUCUCUUAUGGUGUUUUUAAUCACAGACUGCUACAGAAGAGGAAAACAGCCAUGGACCAAUUAAUGGCAUGCUUAAUGCACCAAGCCUUGGUUCUCCAAUUAGAGUCCGCUCAGAGACCACACAGCUAGAUCGGGAUGUUCCUCUGGUGCGGAAGCUACGAUCAAUUCACAGUUUUGAACUGGAGAAACGUCUGACCUUGGAGUCCAAGCCAGAUACAGAUAAAUUUCUGGAAGUCUGGUAUGUAAUGGCUUUUGUUCUGCUAAGCUUUCUUAGCAGUUGCUUUGCUUAUAGUGAGUCAUCUUUAAUUGAUUAGUUAUUUGGCACAGAUUUCACUGUUACUCAUGCCAUAUGAUUGACCCUACAAAUGCAGGGAAAAUAAAGUCAGGUUUUGGGAAUGGGGAGCCAGUAAUUCAUAAUAUAAUUUGAGAAAUCCAGUUCUAAAUGAUUAGAACAGGGGUAGCCAACAUGGUGCCCUCCAGAUGUUCUUGCACUAUAGCUCUCAUAAUUCCUGGCCGUUUGACAUGCUAAGUGUUGAUGAGAGUUGUAGUCCAAGAACAUCUAGAGGAUGCCACAGGAGCUACCCCAGAACAUCUACUAGAAAUAGAAAUGUAAUGAUGUUGAUAACAAACGGCCUAAUUUGUCUACAUUAGAUAGUAUCCUGUUAUUUUUCACUUAACAUGGUUUACACAAUCCUAAUUUGCUUGAUCAUGUUUCCUUAAUUUCUCUCAACAUUCCCAAGCAUGGAGAAGAAGAAAAGAGAGUUGAAUCCUGGCAAAGAAUCUGCUGUUGCAGCUUUUCAAAAACCACCCAUGCCUCCAGUUGCUUCCAGUCAUGAGCAUGUUUGGCACUAUGAUGAAGAAUACCUACCUGAAGCUUCCAAGCCCAUUUCUGGCAGCUCUCCAGAACAGGGUGAUGGUGUUGUCAGCAAUGGAUAUGUGGCAGUCAAUUUGAGUUCCUGCCAGCAGGAAGUUGACUCCAAGGAAUGGGUGAUAGUGGAUAAAGACAGAGACUUGCAGGAUUUCAGGACUAAUGGAGUUUUAGGGCAUAAAACAACUGGAAGCCCCUCUGAUGAGGAGCCUGAGGUGCUUCAAGUCCUUGAAGAGCCCCCACAAGAAGAUAAGCUUAGAGCUCAUACCAAGAAUACAGCUAUGGGAGCAGCAUUGGCUCUAGAUAUUGAGUGUCAUGGUACAGCCGCUUCUGAACAGUUUACAGAUCAACUAGAACUCCCAGUUGGAACUGCUGGUCAUCUUCUUGCAGUCACACCCACUAGCCUAAUGGAGGCCCAAGCAGAAGGGGCUCUUACUCCAGUAAGUGAACUGUUAAUAGCUGUAGCUCAUCUCUGUUGUAUUCAGACACUGUGAGAAAUCUUUAACUGAAAGCAUGAGAUCUGAAGCUUAAUCAAAAUACUGCAUAGAGAUAAUAUCCUGCUUGCAGUCAAUUUAAGAAGAGUAUGAUAGUUAAUUGCACUUUGUAGAAGCAAUUUUUCAGGGUUUAGCAUGUAUUUCAAUAACGUCCACAACUCUCAAUUUUGAUUUAAUUAAGAUACAUGCUAAGAAAGCACAAGAAUGAUGGUAUGUUUGAGAAUUAUCAAAAAUACAAUGGUACCUCUAGUUACAAACUUAAUUUGUUCCGGAGGUCCGUUUUUAGCCUGAAACUCUUCUUAACUAGAGGCGUGCAUUCGCUAAUGGGGCCUCUUGCUGCUGCUGUGCCGGCACACGAUUUCCAUUCUAAUCCUGGGGCAAAGUUCUCAACUCGAGGUAACUCUUCCAGGUUAGCGGCGUUUGUAACCUGAAGCAUUUGUAACCUGAGGCGUUUGUAACUCGAGGUACCACUGGACUAAGGUUUUGCAAUGACGUAAUAUAAAUAAAGUAAAGCGAGAUGAGCGCUGCAACCCCAGAGUCGGUCAUGACUUGACCUAAUGGUCAGGGGGUCCCUUUACCCUUAAUAUAAAUAAUGUUGUUCCUUUAUCGAAGAAAAAAGUGGCUUGUUCAGUUCCAAAAACCACUUUUGAAAUAUAAAAAACAUGAGGAAUGCACCUAGUUUGAAUAAUUACCUGAUAUAAUUUAACUUUUAUUGAAUUCUAUUUUUAUUACCAGAGGCCAGUAACUGUUGAUUGUAGAUACUGAAGUAUUUUGAAAAAUAUUAACCCACCCACCAGGUGUAAACAGUUGUUUUCAGUUCUCUGGUUCUUCACAGCCCACUGUCUAGUCAGUUCUUCAUCACUUUUGCUUACUUUGAAACUCUUAACCUUUCUCAACAGUAUAGCCCUGUCUCUGUCUGUUCUAAUCAGCAUCAUGUGGCUGCCAGUAUUUACUCUUUGUAAUAUUGGCUACUGGAGGAAACAAAGUUCAAAGCUACAGAGAACAGACCGAAAUAAAGUGAUCUUUAUGUAUUUGAAGCAUUUUCUUUUUUCCUUGCCAUGUUGUUCUCACAGCUCAACUCACUUCACAUGCUGCAUUUCUCCAUCCCAAGAAUUUCAAGUCCCAUCCUCCGUACCCUGAGCCCUAUAACCCACCUCACCACCCACCCGGACCCUGUGAAAGAGGCUGGCUUUCCAAGGAGUCAAUCAGGAGACAGCCACUCUUCCUCUUCCUGGUCAGCUGCCCGUAGGCAACUUCCUGUCAUUCCCAGUGGAAACAAGUUCCCCCCUGUCAUUCGCAUCUCAAAAGCACAACUUCAGCAGGUGAAUGCAUCUUCAUCUAAGCGACUACACUGUGUCAGUCAUUUGCCAUGUUUUAUGGGUUCCCAGCUACUUUGCAUUGCUCAAAUGUAGACUUAUGUAUAAAUACUUAUCUUUUGAAAACACUGGUCUUGAGAAAUAAAAAUAAUAACUUAAGAGAUGUAAACUUCAGACAAAAGCACUACUUAAUAUGCAGAGGCUAGAGCAGGAAAAUUCCAUUAAGCUGAUUUACUAUGCAGAAAAUGAAAUUUCUUAAUUUUAAGAAACGAUGAAUGAGAACCUCUGUAGUUUUAACCUUAGGUUAAAGCACUGUCAGUAGAUAACAGCCAGGAAGCACAGGUGACUUGAACAUUUUUUUAAAUGAAUAUACUAAAGUAAGAGUGUGUGUGUGUGUGUGUGUGUGAGAGAGAGAGAGAGAGAGAGAGAGAGAGAAGGCAUAGGGAACUUGUAGCCUGUGGUCAAAUUAGGCCCAACAAAGAUCCUAAUUUGGUUCACAAGGCCAUUUCCUGCAAACCACACCUACCUAUCCCACACCUGACAACAUAUAUGACAUUGGGGUAAAUUAGGUAAAGAUGAGACCAAAAAGAAAUAAUUGGAUGCUUAAAGUGCACUCUUGAUUGUCCCUUGGAAAGUGGGGCUCACUAACUCUACUGACAGCGAGCCCUUUUGAAGUUUCCCAUCUGUCACUGUGGUUUGGGUUCUGCUUGUGUCUGCAAACAAAUUAUUUUCCUCUGUAGACUAGCUUUGCAUAGAGCUUUGCUAGUCUGCAGAGGAAAACUGACCAUUUGCAGGCAUGGUUCGAAUCCAAACCAUGUGUGCAAACAGACAAUGCAACACUUGCUGUCAAAGUGCAUUGUGGGAAGUGUGGGAGGUCAGUACCUAGCCUACCGGCUGGAAAAAAAUAUUGACUCUUGUGUUUGAGUCUUAUGUCCCAACUGAUAGAACUAACAAAAUUGUUAGGUACCGUAUUUUUCGCACCAUAGGGCGCACCGGACCAUAGGGCGCACCCGGUUUUUAGGGGGGGAAAUCAAGGAAAAAAAUAUUUUUCCCCCCCAGCCCCAAAGAGCAGCGUACAGGCUGCACACAACCUCUCCCUGCCAGAGGGGUUGUGCGCAGCUAUGGAAGAAGGCAAGGCAGCAAGCGGGAUGGAUCCCGCUCGCUGUUUUGGCUUCCCCUUUAGCCCCGCGCAGCCUCUCCUUGCCGGAGGGGUUGCGCGCAGCUAUGGAAGAAGGCAAGGCAGUGAGUGGGAUGGAUCCCGCUCGCUGUUUUGGCUUCCCCUUUAGCCCCGUGCAGCCUCUACCUCCUGGGAGAGGCUGCGUGAGGCUAAAGAAUCCAUAGCCCCGUGCAGCCUCUCCUUGCCCGAGGGGUUGCACGCAGCUAUGGAAGCAGGCAAGGCAGCGAGCGGGAUCCAUCCCGCUCGCUGUUUUGGCUUCCCCUUUAGCCCCGUGCAGCCUCUCCUUGCCGGGAGACGCUACGCAGGGCUAAAGAAGCCAUAGCCCUGUGCAGCCUCUCCCUGCCGGAGGGGUUGCGCGCGGCUAUGGCACAAGCCUGCAUUCACUCUAUAGGACGCACACACAUUUCCCCUCAAUUUUUGGAGAGGAAAAACUGCGUCCAAUAGAGCGAAAAAUACGGUAUUUCCACAAUGAAUAGGAAGCUAAAGUGUAUUGUCCAGGGCACUAAAAUGAAUGGUAGGAGUAUGUAGCAGAGGGGAAAGUAAUAUAAAAAACACUGAGAAUCUAAUAUCCAAGCUAUUUUUCUUUCCAGGCAAAAAUACUAGUGUUCAAAAUAAUAAUAGCACUUAGAAUUGUUAAUAGCAGCUGAGGAACUUAUACAUGAAAUGACUAUUAAACAGUGUGGUUUUAACCUCUCAUUUUAAUCCAUCCCACCAAAAUACUGCCGUGCGUAUAGGACAUUCCAGCAGAGCUCUUCAUUUUGCUUUAUAUACAAAAUAAUAUUUGUUUCAAUUGUCAUGUUCUGCCACUGGAUUAAAUCAUCACUGCAUUCUGUGCUGCAGCGUGUAGAUUUACUUGUAUAUAUUGAACUUGGAUACUUUUAGUUUGUUACUUGGUUUCUGAAUUUUUUUAAUCCUGAAACUUCAAUAGGGUUUAAUAUUAUUGCUACUGGGAAGACUAUAAUCAAAAUCAGGAUCCCAUCAUUGUCUUAAUACACAUGUUGCUGCAGUCUUUCUAAAGCUGAGCAAGUCUUAGUCUGGUUAAUUCCUGUAUAAGAGAUAGCCUUGAAUUUAAUGGAAGAAAGCAUGGAUAUAUAUGAUCUGCUUUUAGAAAGAUAAUGUAUUUUAGAAGCUCAACUAGAAUAGUACUGUGUAUCAUAUUUUGUGUCCUGAGGCUAGAAUGCAGUUUUACUUUUCUAAUACAGUAUAUGUCUAACAAAUGGCAAACAUUGUAUCAGAUAAAUUUCUGGCAAGAUAAAAAUAGGAAAGAACAUUUAGUUUUUCACUAAAUGAAAAGCUAAGGAAUACAUUACACCAGUUGUUCCGAAGGGGGGAUGAAUAAUGCCACCUUAUUGCCCCCAAACUUCAUUGGGGAGCCUCCAUUAGUUUCCAGUUUCCUCCAUGAACAGCAGUCCUUCUGUUUAUGUAGAGGCAAUAAAUUACAGUUUCCAAAAGGUCAAGGCACUGUAUACUACCAGUGAUGAAUAUUCCCUUUUGGGCAAGGUGCUCAAAAAGGUGGUGGUGGUCCCGCAUCAGACGAGUUUGGAGAAAACUGGUUGCUUGGAUCCAUGCCUGGCUGGCUUCAGGCCUGGUCAUGGUACUGAAGCAGCCUUUGGUAGCCCUGGUGGAUGACAUGUUGCAGGAGAGAGAUGGGGGGGAGUGUGACCCUGUUCGUUGUCUUUGAUCUCUCAGUGGCUUUCAGUACUGUUGACCGUGGUAUUCUGGAAUGUCUCAGGGAAGUGUGGGGGGACACUCUGUUUCAGAGGUUUUGCUCAUACUCCUAGGGUUGUUUCCCAAAUGUAGCUAUGAGAGGCUACUCUUCAGCACCAUGGGAGUUGUUCUCACAUGGUUCCAUCUUGUCCCCCUUGGUAUUAAACAUAUAUAUGAAGCCUCUGGGAGCUGUCACCAGGGGAUUCGGAAUGAAGUGCUAUCAAUACACAAAUGACACCCCACUCUGUCUUUCUGUACCAUCUAAAUCAGGAGAGGCAGUUGAAGCGUUAGACCAGUGCUAGGAGGUGGUGAUGGGCCAAAUGUUGACCCAAUAAACUGAAUCUGAAUCUUGAAAAGGCAGAGAUGUUAUGUAUCCUGAGUUACCACAUCUGGGUUUGGGGGAGACCACCUGUCCUGGACAGGGUUGCACUUCCCUAGAAGGAGCAGGUCUGCAGCUUGAGGUGCUCCUGGGUUAAGCACUGUCAGUGGAGGCUCAAAUGGCUUUGGUGACAAGGAAUUUUGCCUUUUUCCAGCUCUGGUUGGUUCACGAGCUACAGCCCAUUUUGGACGUAAAUGACUGGGUCAUGUUGUGGUAUCUUGCAGAUUAGAUUAUUGCAAUGCGCACUAUGUUGGGCUGACCUUAACGAUGACUUAGGUACUUCAAUUAAUUCAAAAUAGGGUAACCAGAUUAAUGACUAGCUCCUCAUAGAGAUGCAUCUGGCAUCUUCAUUACAUGGCUUUUGGUGAAUGCUGAAGACACACCUCUCUACCUAGCUUUUGAUAUCUGGGGUGUAUAUUUUAAGCACCCACCUUAUUUCAGGGGUUGUAAAUUAUUUUCAACUGUUUUCAAUAUUGUGUUUUAUAAUAAUAAUAACAACAACAACAACAACAACAACAACAACAACAACAACAAUAAUAAUAUACAGCAUAAAACAAAACUGACAAUGAGUAAACUCCAUCUGCAGGCUUACAAUAUAAACAGACAUGUGGAAAAAUGGAAGGAAUUAGGGAAAGAAAGCACCAACGAAGAAGACAAAAUAUAAAUUAAAUAUAAAAAACUUUAGCUGUGGAGGUGUAACUUCCAUAACCUUGAAAACGAUUGUACUGUAAGAAUACCGUAUUUUUUUGCACCAUAACACUCACUUUUUUCCUCCUAGAAAGUAAGGGGAAAUGUCUGUGCGUGUUAUGGAGCGAAUGCCUGCGGGUGGCAGGAGGGAUCUGCUGCAGUCAUGAGCAGAGGAUCCAUGGUUCCCCUUCCUUCCCUCCUCCGUGGUUACAAAGCAUGGAUCCACAUGGAUCCUCAGGAUUUUUGCACUGGGCUACUCCAAACUCACUGUCAGAUCACAUGUCUGUGGCCACAGCAUGAACCACAAAAAUCAUAUAUCCACUAUUUAAUAAUAAUAAUAAUAAUUUAUUAUUUAUACCCCGCCCAUCUGGCUGGGCUUCCCCGGCCACUCUGGGCGGCUUCCAAAAGAAUAUUAAAAUACUAUAAUACAUCAAACAUUAAAAGCUUCCCGAAACAGGGCUGCCUUCAGAUGUCUUCUAAAAGCCUGGUAGUUGUUGUUCUCUUUGACAUCUGGUGGGAGGGUGUUCCACAGGGAAGGCGCCACUACCGAGAAGGCCCUCUGCCUGGUUCCCUGUAUUUCAUUUAGAAUAUUUUUUUUCUUGUUUUCCUCCUCUAAAAACUAUGUGCGUGUUAUGGUCUGGUGCGUGUUAUAGAGCGAAAAAUACGGUACAUUUAACUCUACAACUUUCAUACUUCAAAUAAAAAGGACCAGUGAUUAAAUCCCAAAGUUUAAUCUGUUUUAGUCUUUUAACUUUUGUAUGUUUUAAAGUAUGGUUGUAUUUUUUUUCUUGAUUUCAUUUUUUUAUCUUUUUGUAAGCCUUUUUGAGGCUUUUUACAAUCAUGCAGUGUAUAAAUUUUAUGAAAUAAAUAAGUUCAGUACUACAAUACUGGGCAUUAACUUCAUAGGCAUUUCAUUAUUGUGGGGGGGGGGGGGCAGAAUUUGAUUUGUUCAGCCUCAAAACCCAAGAACCCUUCAGUAGGUGAUAAUGGAAUUAGGGGGAUGGAAAAGAAAAGCUUUUGUCUCUCUGUUACAGCAAGAAGGACCUUUAUUCUGUUACCUUGCUUAGCCUGAGCAUGAACAAAUGGCUCCUUGAAAUUGGUUGCUUAGUGCAAAGUUUUCCAGUUGCGAGUAGGGAGGAAGGCCCACCGAUUUCUUAUACUAUAGCAAGGCUAACCAGCAGUUCUGGCUGCUCUAAACUGUUUUAUUACCAUAAUGCCCUUUAAGAAGAAUCUCUAACGAUAAUGAGAAGGCCUCUUUUAAGUAUUGACUAGGUAUCAUAGUUUUGACCUAAUUUUUAUUCUUAUUAAAAAAACCAUUGUUUCAAAUCAUUGCUAUCUUUCCUACUUUAAAUAAUAUCACUUAGUCUUUGCCCACCAGAGGGAGACAGUGAGCUAUUUUUUCAAUGAGCGUUUCUUCAGUCAUGUGAGCCACUGCAUGAUUAAAGAGAGGUAGGCCUCUGGUUUCUUUAGAAAAGUAUAUUUCAAUACCUUUUUUAAUUCAUUAUAUAUCAUUUCCCAGAAUGCCUUGAUCUUUGGGCACGUCCACCAAAGGUGAAAAAAAAGUACCUUCGUUUUCUUUACAUUUCCAACAUUUAUUAUCAGGCCAAUGAUAAAUUUUUGCUAGCUUGACUGGGGUUAAGUACCACCUGUAAAUCAUUUUCAUUAUGUUUUCUCUUAAAGCAUUGCAAGCCGUAAAUUUCAUACCUGUGGUCCAUAACCGUUCCCAGUCAGCAAACAUAAUGUUAUGCCCAACAUCUUGCGCCCAUUUAAUCAUAGCAGAUUUAACCAUUUCAUCCUGUGUAUUCCACUUCAACAGCAGAUUAUACAUUCUUGAUAAAUUUUUAGUUUUAGGUUCUAACAAUUCCGUUUCCAGUUUAGAUUUUUCCUCCUGGAAACCAAUCUUUUUGUCUAAGUUAAAAACCUCCCUUAUUUGAUAAUAAUGCAGCCAAUCUCGAACUUUAGUUUUUAAUUUGUCGAAGCUCUGCAAUUUUAGUUUAUCUCCAACUUGUUCUAAAAUUUCACAAUAUUUUGGCCAGUUUGUCUCCAUAUUAGUUUUUUUCAAUGCCUUUGCCUCCAUUGGUGACAGCCACCUUGGUGUUUUACUUUCCAACAAAUCCUUGUAUCUCACCCAAACAUUAAACAAUGCUUUCCUGACAAUAUGGUUCUUAAAGGCCUUAUGCGCUUUAACUUUAUCAUACCAUAGAUAUGCAUGCCAUCCAAAGACGUUAUCAAAACCUUCUAAAUCCAAAAUGUCCACAUUUUCAAGAAGUAGCCAAUCUUUCAGCCAGCAAAAAGCGGCUGAUUCAUAGUAAAGUUUAAGAUCUGGCAGGGCAAAUCCCCUCUUUCCUUCGCAUCUGUUAAUAUCUUAAAUUUUAUUCUAGGUUUUUGCCCUGCCAGAUAAAUUUGGAAAUGUCUCUUUGCCACCUCUUGAAACAGUCCAUUUUGUCCACAAUUUGUAAUGUUUGAAACAAAAACAACAUUCUAGGCAGUACAUUCAUCUUUAUCGCAGCAAUUCGGCCAAGCAAUGAUAACUUCAAUUUCGACCAUAUUUCUAGAUCCUUCUUCACCUCUGACCAACAUUUUUCAUAAUUAUCUUUAAACAAAUUCACAUUUUUAGCAGUCAUAUUCACCCUAAAUAUUUCACUUUGUUAGCAAUUGUUAAUCCUGUCUCUUUCUGGAACCUCUCCUUCUCUAUCUCUGUAAGAUUUUUCUCUAAUACCUUGGUUUUCAUCUUGUUUAAUUUAAAACCAGCUACUUGACCAAAUUCUUGUAUUAAUUGUAACACCCUUUUGUGCUAGCUUCUGGCUCCUGUACUGUCAAAACUAAAUCAUCAGCGAAAGCUUUCAAUUUGUACUGUUUAGCUCCGAGUUGUAUACCUUUAACCAAUUGGUCUUUUCUAAUCAUAUUGAGCAAAACCUCGAGGACCGAUAUAAAAAGCAGUGGGGAGAUUGGGCAGCCCUACAUUGAUUGUGAUUGUAUCACAUUAGUGUCGGCUCAUUCUCAUAAGACAUGGCUUGCAACCUUAGUCACUUCGGUUAGCCAAGUUGCUAUCAUUUGCCCUGUCAGCUCAGAGACAGCAGGCUACAGUUCUAAUCUACUCAUAAGCAUGCAACCUUAGUCACCUUCAGCAGUUACAAAUGUAAAUAUUUAUUUUUGCUGUGUAGUUUAGGAAAUAGCAUGAUUUUCCAAUUAAGAACCUACGUGCUAGCAAGGAAAGAAUUAAAAACCAUGAGUACUAUUCAAAUAAGACUUAUUCAGAGUAUACCCAGUGAAAUCAAUGAACAUGUCUUAAGUUAGGUUUAUUAAUUUCAGUGGGUCUACUCUGAAUAAAACUUAGCUGAAUAUCAUUCUAAUCCUCCCCACCCACCCCGAUCAACAAUGUGGAUGAUAAUGUUAAUUACUAUAGAGUAAUGAUGAAUAGGUCAGUCACCGAGAUACUGAAAUUGAGAUGAUGGUGAGACCUCUAGGUAAAUAUCAGAGAGGCAAGUGGAAAUGCAGGAUUAGCUGAGGCAAACGUUCUGGAGUAGAAAGGUAUCAUUGAGUGCCAUCGUUCUCUAUGUGGUAAUGAGAGAUACAGAUUUUGAUGAAGUUACUCAGGAAAAAAAAAUGCAGAGAGAGAAUAGCAAGGAACCAAGAAUGGAACCCUGAAGAACUCCACAAAACAGUGGGAAGGCGGAAGAGGACCAUAUUUCUGUGGAAAUACUGAAAGAGUGAUCCAGCCAGGAUAAGGACAACCAUCUAUGAACAGAGUCAUAGGGGGUCAGCUGUAUCAAACACCACAUAAAGAAUGAGUUGGAUGAGGACAGAGCAGAGAGCUGUAGAACUGGCAGUGAGGAGAUUAGUGAUUUUGAUGAGGACUGUUAAUGUUACCACACACAAACAUACAUUGAAUUGCCAUGUUAACCCUAAUUUACAACCUAGCUUAAAAUUUUCCUGUUGUCUUCCAGUUUUUUUCCAGUAGAGAUUGCACCAGUUGGCCCAACACAGAGAUACAAAAAUAUAGGGCUGUGUUAUCUAUUACUUGUCUUUUUGAACCUGAAACUAUGAUAUGGCAAUAUGUAAUUUCAAAGCCAAUAAAAAUCUUUUCUGUAAUAUCAUUUCUUUCUUCCUGUUUUCUGUAUAGGUUACAAUACCCAGACCUUCAAUGGCAUCCACACAGUCUGCUUCUGAGAGUUUUCAUUUUGGCCAGCAACUAGAGAAGAAGGACCGGGAUCCUCGGCUUUUGGAACAUACUGUUGAACUUUCCUCUCCUAAGGAGAACUUGGUUGGCUUGGCAGCGGCAAACGAUGCACUAACUCUUAGUGGCAGUAGAACAGAUGUAGUACACAAAUUAGACCACAACCUAGAGGCAAUUGGAAAGGAUGAGUGUAUUGAAGAAUGUGUUGGAAUCCAAGAUCAUAGCCAAACAGACCUACUUGAACAAUACAUGAAGAGACAAGGAGAAAAUCUCUUCGAAAAAGUGGAAGAGAAUCAGCUUCCUGUGGCUUAUGAAAAUGAUAUUGAACUACAGAUUGAAGGACCAUGUUCAACUGCUCAAGGAAACACUGAAUCUGUAUUGGAUGGUCCUCUGGCUGUUACAGAACCUGAAGAACUGAGGCCAAUUCCUUCCUCCUCCUUGCCAAAUCAGGAUGCAAAACAGGAGUUACAGAAGCAGUCAGCAGCCGAAACAUCAGAUGUUUCUUUAUCAAGAAGUACUGACCCAUUUGCUCAAAAACAGGAAAACCAAGUAGCACCAGUGCAAGAAAAUGGUUUCCAUGAUGAUGGGGAUAUUGAUCAUGCUGAAGAAUUGCAAUGCCAACAGGUAAACCUUGCCACCUUUUUGAACCAAGAGGGGAAAGAAGAGCAAAAUGUCCAGAGAAAUGGAGAAUUGCUGCACUCCAGUUCAGAGAAUGAGAGUUCUAAUCCAUCCAAGAAGGAGUUAGUUAGAUCUGCAUUUGUGGCUAGACAGAGUCGCAUUCCAGUUUUAGCACAAGAGGUAGACUCUUCAUCAGAAUCGUCUCCUGUUUCAGCAAAGGAGAAGCUGCUUCUAAAAAAGGCUCAUCAGACAGACUUGGUUAGAUUACUUGUAGAAAAGAGACAGCUCAAAUCUUUCCUUGGUGACCUCUCAAGUGCCUCUGACAAGUCACUGAAAGAAAAAGUAGUUGCUGGUCCAUUACCACUUCCUGAAGAUGUGUUGUCCUCCUUUUCAAAACUGACACUGGACACUCAUUUGCACAGCCAAGUAGAGGAGAGUUUUUUGUCACCAAGCAAUCCUCAGUCCAGAAAGAGCAAAAUCCCAAGACCCGUAUCUUGGACUCCCACAGAUCACGUUAGCAGUUCAAAUUCAGCUCAGUUUUUUCCUCGUCCACCACCAGGAAGACCACCAACAAGGCCUGGAGUAGAAGCCAGGUAAGUAAAAACAGCUACACUUUUGAAGCAGAUUUGAGCAGUUUUGGGAAGGCUUUGUAUGAUACCAUGCAAAUUGCACUAAGUACUCUCCCCCACCCACCCACAAAUAUCUGCAAUCAAGCUUAUGUGCGUACACACAUACAGAAUAUUUUUCUCUUUCAAAAUUCAGAAAAAAAUUACCUGAAUAAGAACAUUAACAACAUUUAUAUACAAUAUUAAUUUAAAACACUAGGUUUCUAAAACAUUUUGCUUCUAGAUUUAAGUGAACCUGGAUUGCCUAUAAAGACCUAAGAGUACACACCAAGUGAGCUGGAUAUGAUAGUAAGAAAAUCAAGCUAUGACUCUUAAUAUAAACCACUCCUUAUCAUGUAUCUUUGGGUAAUGCCAUUAAGAAAAGACCUUUUCUGUUACCAUUCCUUGUCUGAUUUACCCCAAAACCAACCAACCACUCAACCAACAACUGAUCAUAUGCUUUUUCUUAAAGCUGGACCUUUGACUAUUAAGUAUUUAAAGGACACAAUAGCAGAAUGUAAGCGGAAACAAAAUAUUUUUUAUUUGUAGUUUUUCUUUCAAGCAAAAGCUUUUCCUAGGUGGUGUUUACAAGGUAAUGCAGACUAUGGCUGAGAAUCAUGGCUUUUCAGAGACUUUGAAGACGGUAUGAGACAGCUCUUGCUUUUUGCGCUACACUCUCUCUCUUUUUCCUCUUGUCCUGCUAUGGAUUCUCGUUAAACAGGGUUUUGUACUGCAGGAAAUUGUAACAUGCUGCCUUCAAGUCACAAAAACAUUAUCAGCGAGGAACAAUAGCCAAGACCUCCUGAUGGUCCUGUGCAGCACUUGUACAGCUUCUGAAUACAGAUUGCAUUCUUAUAGGCUUUGUAGCCACACUUACUGAAGUUUAAAAGUUGCUUUUAGGGUGCAUUUUACAGUGAAUGCAUGCAGUAUACUUAUUCCUAUGUAUCAUUUAUUCAAUUUAUUUAUUUACUGCUAUGUCAUUUAAAAAAAUCAAAUCAGUUUACAGCAAUAAAACUUAAAAACUAUGAAAUAAAAACCAUAAAAAGUUAAAAACUAAAAGCAUACAUCAGUUAAUCAUUGUGGAAGGAGGUAUUCUUAAUCGCCCACAUAGGCCUUGUGGAAUAGUUUCAGGAGGCAUUUAAAAGUUGGCGCAGAAGCUGCCUGCUGAAUUGAAUACUCUAUUUGCAGAGUAUUCCACAGGACUGGGCUGAUGGCACCAAAGGUUCAGUUUCUCGUGCUUGUCAAAUGAGUUUUUGCCUGGAUGCAAGAAGAGAGGGAGCCUGCUGGAUCACAUGAGGGAGGUCUUUCCUCUUUGGUGUUAUCACUAAAAAAGCUAUAUUCCUUGUAUCCACCCAUCCCAUCUCAAUGAUGGAACAGAGAGUGGGACCUCAGGUUGAUUUCAGGACUUGGACAGCUUCCUGUGGGAUAAGGCAAUUCUUGAUUUGCCUUGGUCCUUUUACAGUAGCACAUUAGGCCAGGCCUGGAAAUAAGUAGUGAAGAUGCCACAUUGUAGUAGUAGUUAUUGUAGAGUUAAUGCAUUCAUUGCUUUCCACAAAAGUACCUCAAAGUGACCUAUAAGAAUAAAAAUCCAUACCAAUACAACAUUUAAAACAGCAACAGCAUUAAAAGUGACCAUCUACUAAUUAUAAUUAAUCAGAUCACUCCAUCCCAUACACAACAUAAGCACGAUCUCCAAGAAAUACAUAGCUAAAAUUUCCACAGGAACCACAGUGAUAUUAAUGGUUAAAUACGUGGGAAGAGAGGAUUUCACCUGGCAGCAGAAGGUUGUUCAUGCCAGGGCCAGCUGAGCUUCCCUGCAAAGAACAUUCUAUGGAUGGGGAACUGCCGCUGAAAAUAACUCCACCCUUUGGACUUUUGCUAGAGGGGCACACAGAGAAGUGCCUCUGUUCUUAGAUCAAAGAGUAUGAGCCUACCUAGACCUUCUCAUGGCACUGGAGAAGGAGGAAAUGGUACUAAUCAACUUCUCUUUCUCUUAAAGGUUGCGCAGGUACAAAGUACUAGGAAGUAGCAGCUCUGAUUCAGACCUGAUCUCUCGCCUGGCUCAAAUUCUUCAGAAUGGAUCUCAGAAACCACGAAGCUCUUCUCAGUGUAAGAGUCCAGGGUCUCCACAUAGCCCCAAAACACCACCCAAAAGCCCAGUCGUCCCCAGACGCAGUCCCAGUGCCUCCCCUAGGAGCUCUUCUUUGCCUCGUACUACCAGCUCCUCACCAUCCCGGGGUGGGCGUCCUCACCAUGAGCAGAGGAGCUCAUCCCCACAUCUUGGAAGGAGUAAAUCGCCUCCCAGUCUUUCAGGCUCUUCAUCUUCCAGGAGAUCCUGCCAACAAGAGCACUGCUACAACAAGUCUAACAAGAAUGGGUUGAAAGGAUCUAGUGGCUCCUGCCACCAUUCCUCUAACGUUAAGUCUCCCACAGGGAAGAGCAAAUCAGCCAGUAAACUUAGCAGAUAG